UUUCUCUUUCAUGAUUUUAUUUUCAUAGAACUCUUUUUUUUUCAUAUUAAUAAAAUGAUUCAUAUUCACAGCAACAACAAUAAUAAUAUUAAUUCUAAAACUAAUAAUCAGCAUCAUCAUCAUGCAGCAGCAAGAGCAGCAUCAGCAGCAGCAGCAACAGCAGUCAAGAUUGGUAAGCAUAUCCUUGCUGUAGCCAAAGACCAAGAAAAGAACAGACUAUCGGAUCAAAAGCGCUCAUCAGUUGUGCCGAAGCAGCAAUUACGUAAAUCUAGAUCAUUAACAACAGAAAAAACAAGUUUGAUUACUGUUGAUAUGACCUUGAAAAGAAGAUCAACAGGUUGUAUUCGCAGGUCUUCAUUCUAUUCUACUAAAUCAAGUGAAACGAAUAAUACUGUAAUAAAGUUUGGCGUCCUCCUGGAUAUUAUGAAAUUCCCAAUGUCUUUGGCCCAGAUUGUUUCCUGAAACCAGAACCCAACCCCAAAAAGACAUUUACGCUUCGUGAAUAUCCAGAUAAGCCGAUUACCAACAAACCUUGGUACCCUGUUGGACCCACAACAGAAAUUCCCCAACUACCUCCCUUGAUUCGUUCAGAAAAUGAAUUUGAAAGAAAAGUACGUAAAGCAUUACCCAAAAUUCCAGU